AUGAAGGACGCGGAUAUUAUUGCCGGCGCCACAUUUGAGGGUCUCGACCAACAUGAACUGCACCUUCAGAAAGUUGGUAAGCAGCGCCGUCCAGUGCACGUCACUCCACGUGGCAAGUACGGCACAAAUAAGUCCAAGAUCCUGCAAUUUGAUGUCGGGCGAGUUGGCGGAUCGCCAUUGAUGGAGAUGGCAAAUCCGUCCGACGUACCAGCAAGCCGAAUGUCGAUUGUCUAG